GUCCAUAAUUCAAGAUUUGCCAGCCCACGGAAGCACUAACCAACUAUCCCACAGCACCUGGUUUUUAACAUUUACUCUCCUCCCUCGUUCUCUCUCUGUGUGCUAGUUGCUGCCAUUGGUGACCUUUCCUUUUGUUGCAGCUCUUCCAGCCAGCACAGCCUUUAUUAUCAGAUGGGAAAUAGCAUGCAUUCUAUCAUCAAGUGACAGUGUUAUGCUAGAGAAAGAGAGGUGGUUUUCUGGUAUGACAAAGGUUUCACACUGAGGUGUCAAGAGGCUAUUACUUUUUGGGUUCUUGGAGCAAUGGAGGGUUUUGCAACUGGUUUUUUUGUUAGAGUGAUGAAGAAAGCUGUCUUUGCUACUUUCACUUGCAUCCUUGCAUUAGGAGGAGCUGCAGUGGGCACAGUGAUAGGAGCCAUGAAAGGGCAGACAACAGAAACUGGGUUUCUUCGUGGGUCUGGAAUAGGUGCUGUGGCAGGUGCUAUCACUGCCGUUCAAUUGCUUGAAUCCGUUGCUGAUGGGGAGCCAUUGUCCAAGCUUGCUCUAUUUUGCAGCUUGAUGAAUGGGAAGGUCUUCAUGGAAUGGGUAAGUCCAGCAGUGCUAAAAGCUUAUCAAUGGCAAAUCAGUGGGCUGGAAACCACUUACAGAGAAGUUUCAGACAUCUAUGACACCAGUGGAAAUAGAGGGUUGUCCAAGAAUUGCAUUCAAAAGCUUCCUCAACUCACAUUCCAAUCCACUCACAACUUUGAUCAAAUCCACCAAUUCUGUUGUUCCAUUUGCUUGCAGGAUUUCAAUGGAGGAGACUCGAUGAGGAAGCUUCCCCAUUGUGGGCAUUUGUUUCAUAUGGACUGCCUAGAUAAAUGGCUGUCUAGAAAUGGGUCUUGCCCAAUGUGUAGAAAUUAUGUUUGCGAUGACACUCAUAUAUUCCAGAUGUAGAACAUUGGUUUUGAGUUUUGACUCACAAAUGAAUUAUGAGGAGAAAAUUUAUAAAAUAUACUUACAAUAUGUAUUGUAAAUUAUAAAA